AUGGAUCUAAUUCAAGACUACACAUCUGAUUCGGACAGUCCGAAAGAAGAGCCUGGAAAUACCGACUCACUGAAUACAACCGAAGGAGGGUAUUUGUCACCACCCGCACCCCCGCCGAUACAAAUAUUUCUGCAACAAUACCAAAACAUGCACUCAGCAUCCAAAGUAUCAGCCAUGUUUAUAUCUAUACCGUGGACACCAUUACUAGCAGCAUUAUCGCAACUUGAAAAGGCAGUGAACCAUGUCGUGUCACAAACUCCGGCUUUGUCACAGAACCACAAAUUUAUUGUACCUAACAAGGACCCUUUUCGAGUAGAAAAGCACCAUAUCACAAUUUUCCCCACCUUGCAUGUGAAAGAGGAGUUGGAACAACAAUUUAUUAGACGAAUGAGUGAGAGAGUGGGUAGGAUAAAACCCCCGGGAGACUUGAUCAAUAGCCGGAGUGAUCAUCAUUCCCCCCUCUCGAAGAUUCUCAACAACUCCAAACCAUCGAUUAGUUUACAUUUAGAGGAACAUAUGGCUAUCGCUAAAAGCCCGUUAAAAGACUCAUUAUUUUGCAUACUACGAAUAAGACAAACUCCCGAUACUUUAAGAUACUUUUCCGAUUUGGUAGAGUGUUGCAAAAAAACAGCAAAAGAAUUUGAUGGACAAUUGCAAUUUCCUCACUUAUUAAAUGAUCCGAUGCAUGUAUCAAUUGCCACGGGAUACGUUACUAAAAGCAUCUUAUCUAUUGAGGAGAUUGACAAACUCAAUCAACAAGUUGGCACCAUUGACGUCAGUCAAUUCACAAAAGAUAUACAAGUUGUUGUUGAUGAGUUGACUAUACGAAAUAUGUAUGAAAUGACAUCAACCUCACUUGCCCUUGUAUAG